CUUCACUCGUAAUUUGGGGGAAUAAACGGGAUUCGCUGCCACCAAACAGUCUGGUGUCGACUGUCUGCCAUUUAUUUGGGAUUAAAAUGGUCAUCAAGGUUUACAUCGCCUCCUCAACUGGCUCUGUCGCGGUAAAAAAGCAUCAGCAAGCUGUGGUGGGUUUUCUGGAGGCCAAUAGAAUCAGCUUCCAGGAAGUAGACAUCACCAUGCUGGAGGAGCAGAGGCUUUGGAUGUACCGCAACAUACCCCGGGACAAGCAGCCAGAGAAAGGCAACCCGCUGCCUCCACAGAUCUUCAAUGAAGAUCGCUACUGUGGGGACUAUGAAGACUUCUUCCAGUCAAAGGAGAACAACACUGUGUUCGCUUUCCUUGGGCUCAGUUCCCAACCGUCAGCUAAAGAUUCGGAGUCAUAGAUCAAACUGCUGGUGUACAACGUCCCGGUAACCUUAAAAUAUGAGGACACAAAAACUGCAUCACUUCCUGUGUUGCAUCACAUACUUUACCAUGUUCCUCCUGCUACGAUGCCAGUAUUUUGCCAAACCUCGGCCCGCAUGGAUGUCACCCUGUAUGACCUCUCCUGACUUUAAAAACAUUCCAGCCUCUUUACUGAAAUCUCCAAGAAGUGUCUGACUCUCAAAGAAGGGGAUUAACUUUAUGUUGGAUGCGUUUGUGUUUCCUUUUCAUGUUUAACACGCUGUGACAUCAAACACUGUUUUCAAAACGCAGUAGCAUAAAUUCUGUGCAAACUAGAAGACAAUGUAGCAGGUCUUUGCAUCUGUAGAGCAGUUAUUUUAGUGUUAGGUUAGUCUACAGUGCAGUGGACAAACCACCUGAAUACACGUCUGUGUUUGUAUCGGUCUCAGUCAGCAGCUGUUAAUGAAGGCUGUGUUAAGUGAGGGGGAGCUGAGAGGCAGCACUUAAUGCAACCUGAAACAACCUGAGGCCUAGCCAUUGAGUGCGGAUGGGUGUGUGUGUGUGUGUGUGUGUGUGUGUGUGUGUGUGUGUGUGUGUGUGUGUGUGUGUGUGUGUGUGUGUGUGUGUGUGUGUGUGCAUGUGCACGUGCACGUACAGGUUUAUGUGUACAUGUGUGGGAGUGAGAAUGCUUUCCCAGAGGAGACAGUGACAGACACUGCAGCUUAAUACAAAACAGAUGAGACCAAAUGCUGCGAAUCCUAAAGAAUAUUCUUAAUAAUACUUAAUAUCCUUGCUGACAUUCAUGUUUAGUUUGUGGUCACUGUAAUCAAAUAAUACAUAACCUGUUCUUAUAUCAUUCCACUGCCAGUAUGAAUAAAGUACAAGGUUGGCAUUAUUAUAUAUGUUUUUCUUAUUUUCUGCAAAUCCCAACCAAAAACAACAACGUAUUAUCUCUCAGUAUGUUCUGACUUCUCUACCAUGUCUGUGGCACUUAGUCCCAAGCCCAUUUGUUGAAACUGAAGAUGGAAAUCUUUAAAAACAGGAUUCAUACAUAGAGUUUCACUUUUUAAAAAAAGGCUCAGGCUGUUGUCAGCAAAUGUUACUCAAACAGGAGUAAAUAGCAUAUUUGUAGCCUGUGGAUAACACUGUUCCUGAUCUAGCUGUGAUAAUGUUAGAAUCGCAAACACUGCUGAAAAAUUAAAAAACGAAAAUAAGUUCUUUGUUCUAAUGUAGAAAAAGGAAUGUUUGAUUCAGUGCUGUUUACACGUUCCUUUUUUUCCUGCUUGUGAGAAAAUGAAUCCUGUUUGUGACAUGAUCAUCCUGUUUGUUGGGCCACUCAUCGUGCCCCCUUGCCCCAGACAAGUUGUGAUGUCCUUUCCCAUCAGACAAUGAUGCAUAUAUCUGUAAUCAUUUACCAAGACAUCAAUAUGUACUUAACCUGCUGUCCUCGCCAAACCUCAGUAUUCUCUAGUUCUGUCAUGAGUAGAGAAUACUGAUAGAAGACUGAGAAGACUGAGAUCACUGUGUCUGUUACUCUUUUCUGUUUUACUGCUUCUGUUCAAUUGUUUAUAAGAAAGAGGUGGGCUGGGGCAAGCAGUACAUUGAAAAGCUGAAAUAAACAAGUAGUGCCAUGACUGUAACUUUAAGUGUUUGUCAUACCGACAAACUGUCAUGGCUUACGGGAAUGCUUAAAUUGAAUGAAGCCAUCAUUAAUUUUAUUAGUAUCACCUGUGCAGUCAAAUCACUGGU